GUCGAAGCGGAAGGAGAAACGAGCAAAGCCAUUCAAGUGGUUCACCAUUCCAGAACCUUACCUCUCCGCACCCGGGUCACGACGGGAUAUGCGUCUCUUAAUUCAGCGUGGUCCUAGAAUAAAAUGGACUUACCACUUGCUUUCGGCAAUAGGGCUGUGCUGCACAUCUUGAAUAUCCUCAGGGACGAACCGAAACUCCACAAGCGACUAUCCGUGCCCAAAUCGCACUACGGCGUCAUAUCAAAGCACUAUGGGGAGCUGGUAGGCGUUAAUCUAGAUCUGAAUCGCAUGCGAUAUUCUUACCCACCGGCCCUUCCCCGCGCGAUGCGAAUGUGUGCACGCCAUCAGCGCUUGGCUGUUUUGCCCAUACUUGUGACGGGUGUAGAGGCCCACCAUUGUGUCGUCCUCGUCGUCGAUUUUGUUGCCCGUACCGCCGAGGUUUGGGACCCCGCGGUGCUUCCGGGACAAGUGGGAUUCGGGGCUGAAGGCGUCAUUGUGCGAGAUCUACUUAUCGCGCUCGGGCUCGGCGACUUCAACUAUGUACCCCCCACGGAAGCGGCCCCAUCUGGGAAAGGGCCUCAAGCGUUCACGAAUAUCGCAUAUGGAUCGGACUCUCUCUGCGUCGACUGGUGUGCCUUGCUCAUACAUUUGCGGCUGCUCAACCCGAAAUAUAGCCUUCACGACAUCACGCAAGAGCUUUACGCAAACUUUGGUGGCCCGCAGGAGUUGGGAAGGUUGAUCAUCUCCUACUCGAAAUGGGUGCACUCGACAGUAACCCAAGAUGAUUACGAUGACUUCACCAAGAUCUCCCCUCCAUUGCCAGACUGCAUUGUUCAUGGCGUCUUGCCACAAGUCACUCGUUAUCUCGGAUCGGUCGAGCACGAGGACAGCCCACACCCUCUGGAAGAGAAUGUGAAAAGAGAAUGGCGGCUCAGGGAGGAAAACCGAGCCAAGUAUGGAAUGUAUGAAAAGUUUCCUCAACGCGAGAGAGUGGGAAAAGAGAAUGGCGGCUCAGGGAGGAAUACCGAGCCAAGCAUGGAAUUUAUGAAGAGUUUCCUCGACGCGAGAGAAUGUGAAAAAGAGAAUGGCGGCUCAGGGAGGAAUUCUCAGGGAGGAAUAGCGAGCCGAGCAUGGAAGGUUUCCAUCGUGAAUGUCGAUUCCUGUGGCUUAUCGUACUUGAGACAUACCUGCCCAAUGGAGACGCCCAACGUGGAGCAGGUCAAACUUGGGCGGCGAUGCCAAUAUCGACAAAAACAGGAAGUGUUGCGCGUAACACUUCUCGCCUACGGGAGUUCACAUACAGCGGCGGCAAAAAGCCCUUUCAUCUGCGGUUUCUUGGUGUAGUUGGUUAUCAAAUCUGUCCACUCUUUUUGAUGGUUCCAGAUCGGGAAUGUUUUGUUGGCGUCGAUGAGGGAUGACUCGAUCGAGCUGGCGACGACGUCCGAGCUUCGACCCUGAUGCGAACUCGGCACGUCGAGUUUGAGUCGAAACCCAGCCUGCAGUUGUUAGUA